GCGGAAGGAUCUGAAGCCACGGGCGCUGCAGCAGCUGGAGUCGCACCGCCGCCCGACGGUGCGUAAAAAGCCUUCCGCCGCGGUGGUUAGAUCCCGCUCAGUCACCGCAGUGAAGCGGCAGAAACCCCCUUCCCAGAAACCAUUUCACACAUUAAACCUAUUUGACGUUCAGAGCAGACUCUGGUGCGGAUAUCUGUGGCGUGUUGGAGCCUGAAGCGGCCGUGUUUAACGCGGUGGGAGCGAAGAGAAGAGUGCGACAGCGACACGGCCGGAGCUGCGGAGAGCGAGCGAACAGCAGCAGAAAACAAACCCUCCAGCUCCUGCUGACAUUUUACAUCCAGACACAGCGGCUCAGAACGGUGAAUUAACGCGGUGAGAUGCCGGGGAUGAUGGAUAAAGGCUCGGAGUAUCUGGGGAAAGGUCGUUCAAACGGCACCAAGAGUCCGUCCAACGCUUCUAACGGACAUUUUUCUGACGAGAGCGGCAGCGACGACGAACACGAUGUGGGGAUGCGGGUCGGAGCGGAUUACCAGGCCAACAUUCCCGAGUUCGAGCCCGGUUCCACGAAGUACUCGGACAAAGACAGCGGCGGGAUGCUGGUCUGGUCUCCGUACCACACCAUCGUGGACUCCAAGCUGGACGAAUACAUCGCCAUAGCCAAAGAGAAGCACGGAUACAACGUGGAGCAGGCGCUCGGCAUGCUCUUCUGGCACAAACACAACAUCGAGAGGUCUCUGGCCGACCUGCCGAACUUCACCCCGUUUCCUGACGAGUGGACGGUGGAGGACAAGGUGCUGUUCGAACAGGCCUUCAGCUUCCACGGCAAGAGCUUCCACCGCAUCCAGCAGAUGUUACCGGACAAAUCCAUCUCCAGCCUGGUGAAGUACUACUACUCCUGGAAGAAGACCCGGUCCAGAACGAGUCUGAUGGACCGACAGGCUCGCAAACUGGCCAACAGGAGCAACCAGGACGACAG